UUUCCGUAUUUUCAGAGAGGUCUUAAGAGUUCGGCAAAUACGAUCAAUGGAAACAGCUAAGACGCAGAAAGCGGCCGGCGGCCGCAAGGGUGGCGGGUCGAAGAAGAAGGUUCUCCGCUCCGUCAAGGCUGGCCUUCAAUUCCCCGUUGGCCGCAUUGCUCGUUUUCUCAAGAACGGCCGUUAUUCCAAGCGUGUUGGCACCGGCGCCGCUGUUUAUCUCGCGGCUGUCCUCGAAUACCUUGCCGCUGAGGUGUUGGAGUUGGCCGGAAACGCUGCAAGAGACAACAAGAAGAGUCGGAUUAUUCCUAGGCAUUUGUUGCUUGCAGUGAGGAAUGACGAGGAGCUCGGAAAACUUUUAUCUGGUGUGACUAUUGCUCAUGGAGGAGUCCUGCCAAAUAUAAACCCUGUUUUGUUACCAAAGAAGACUGCGGCUAAAGAGGCUAAUGAGGCUAAAUCGCCCACGAAGGCAAAAAAGUCCCCCAAGAAAGCGUAGAGAUUUCUUUUGGGAAAUAUUUUAGGAUGUUUUCAUAGUUAGAAAUGGCGAUUUUGUUUGUGAUUUGAGACAUCCUUGUUUAUCUUUAAUGCCAGAUAGUAUUAACGUAGCUUCUAACGUUUUGUC